AUGGCGCACACAAUCGCCGUUCCCGGCCAGCUGCUGGGUCCUGCGGACCAGUACGUCGCCGGCGCCGGCACGCACAUCCACGAGUCCAACCUGUACUCGUCGCUGCUGGGCACCGUCGCCGUCGUCCAGCCCGAGAAGGCCCCCGGCCCCGCCAAGCGCCUCACCAAGAUCUCUGCGCUGCAGACGCCCGCCACCCUGCCCACCAUCUCCGUCUCCCGGACGGGCAUCUCGGAGAGGCGCGAGGUCCUGCCCGAGGUCGGCAACACGGUCCUGUGCCGCGUCACCAGGAUCCAGCCGCGCCAGGCCACCGUCGCCAUCCUGGUCGUCGGCGAGACGGUGCUCGAGGCCGAGUGGCAGGGCGUCAUCCGCGUCCAGGACGUCCGCGCCACCGAGAAGGACAGGGUCAAGAUCUACGAGAGCUUCCGGCCGGGAGACAUUGUGCGGGCACACGUGAUAUCGCUGGGCGACCAGGCCAACUACUAUCUCUCGACGGCGAGCAACGAGCUGGGCGUCAUCAUGGCCAUGAGCGAGGCCGGGAAUGUCAUGUACCCGGUGAGCUGGAAGGAGUACAGAGAUGCAGAGACGGGCCUCAGCGAGAGCCGCAAGGUCGCGAAGCCUUUCUGA